GCAGUGUUGACGUCAUGACCGGAUGUUGAUAGUAGCAGUGAGCAGCACGACGCAAGCAGGAACAGCUGGAAAAGAACAACAAAGCCACGACCAACGACGACGAUCCCCACAACGGCGCAGUGACACGAAAAUAUAACAACUUUAUUGUUGACAUCGUUUCAGGCAAAACAAGUAUUCGACUCGGGAAGUCAUUCGACAAGUACCCAACGCCUUCUAAGUUUCUACAAGUGUGUGCCAUUGGAACUCCAUGUAUUCUCAAACAAAACAAAACGACACAGCUGCCAUCUACUGUCAAGUAUUUUCAUGACAAGUAUUUUUGACAAUAAAUAGAGUGAGACCCACUGAAGCGGACAGGACAAUGGGGCGCAUCUUCCUCGACCACAUCGGUGGAACACGCCUCUUCUCCUGUGCCAACUGUGACACCAUCCUCACCAAUCGAUCGGAGCUCAUCUCCACACGCUUCACCGGGGCCACCGGCAGAGCCUUCCUCUUUAAUAAGGUGGUGAACCUGCAGUACAGCGAGGUGCAGGACCGAGUCAUGCUCACGGGCAGGCACAUGGUGAGGGACGUGAGCUGCAAGAACUGCAACAGCAAGCUAGGCUGGAUCUACGAGUUCGCCACGGAGGACAGCCAGCGCUACAAGGAAGGCCGCGUGAUCCUGGAGCGGGCCCUGGUCCGCGAGAGCGAAGGCUUCGAGGAGCACGUCCCGUCUGACAACUCGUGAGGCGCCCCGCAGCCCUUUGACAGAACGGCGGAGAAGAACUCACUCCUCCUGUUUACCCCCCCGCCCCUUCUAGCACCACCGUCCUCCCUUUGCCUCCGCGCCCGAACGUCGCCGUUCUGCAGACUUAGUGGUCGACGAUGUCUCGGCAGCCACACACACACGCCUCCUCUUCCUCCACCUCUUCUACCCUUGUCUAGGACCGAUGACUCCAGCAGAGCGGAACACUGGUUGGCAAGUUACAAUUUUCUGAAACUAAUUUACGGAGAAUAUGACUUGUUUUUAAGUGCGCGUCCACACAGAAUACCAACACUGCACUAUGCACCACAUUUGUUACAGUGUACUCAAAUGCAUGUGUAAUUGCAGCCCGAUGAUGAUCCAUCUCGUCACGUCAGCACCACCUUUUGGGAUAUAUAAAGAGAUUAAAACAGGAAACUACAAAGUAACUACUCAACAGUGUUAGAGCAAAUAUCCCAUUCUCUUAACACACAAACAUUUCUGCUAUGCGUUGAGAGAUGUAAUACAGGGUCAGUAUCUACAGUCAUAUCACUUGAUAAUAUAAACAGCCUAUUUUCCUCACUUAAAACAGUAAUCACUGUAUGUGAUAAAUGCAAGAUGCAUUGACUGGCUUCACUUGAUGAGUUUCAUUGUUUAUAUGGUCAAAUGUGUAUGUUACUUUCCCCAUUCUUUUUUAAACUUCAGACUAUUCUGCAUGCCAAAUUUCAGUUAUUGCUGCAGUUCUUCUGUUUGGAUUUCUUAGCCACUGUGCGUGUGAGGUGGGAGGAGAAGUCUCUUUGAGGGGCUCUGUCUUUGGGAUCAAACGCUAUUCGGCCACUUUGUCUUGCAGUGUAAGGAGGGAAACAAAAUGUAUGUUGGGUCUGUUUUUGACAGACCCCCAUUCAACGACGUACUGGCUUAAACCAAAACAGCAUUAGGCCGUAAUAUUCAAUAUGGUUCCCUGGAGAAAACAGAACUGGAGUAUUACAAGUCAACUGGCUUUUCAACAGAUGAGGCUAGGGAAGUAAUUACAUGCCUCUCUUGUACAAAAAGUGUCGCAAAAUUAAGAUUGUUAAAAGAAAAAAAAAAGAUUUCCAAGAGGAUGGGUGACUUUGUUUGGAACAUUUGACAAUGUACUUUGCAAUAUAUAUAUUUGAGAGAAUUUGUUAUAACUUAAUUUUUUAUAAUUUUAUUGAUAUAUUGUUGUUGUGUUAGUGUUCGUAGAAUGAUUAUUUUCCAGGAUGAUUACUGUUUAUAAUUUUAGUUUUUAUCUAUCAUUUUCUUGACAUUACGAUUUUAAGGCUUUUGCAGUAGUUCUGUUGUGAUUAUUUCAAAAUAAAGACAUCAGUAUUGCUGUGUAUAGGCCUACUCUUUGUUUGAGUAAACCCUGUGUCCUGCUGGGUUUGUCUUAUUUGGUAAAUAAAUACAUAGGACAUUUAUCAAGCUUUUCUAAAUAAUUGAAAAUAUUCAUAAUAAUUUCAUCCUUAUAGUAAUAUAAGUCUUUUUUAUUAUGUAAAUACAAAUGUUAUUACAGAUCCAAAAUGUUUCGUAUUUUUAGAUGGCCGCUAGAUGGCAGUAUGAUAUUGACGAACGGGAUGAGAUCUAGGCCUACAUACAUGUGGAGUUAUUCUACUCUAAAUUGUGCCUCCAAAGCUUUUGCUGAGAAGCAUGACUCAUUUCAAUUAUUAUGGCUCUUUGCUUUAGAUGAUCUUUCGUAUUCAAGACUUAAAAAAAAAAAAAAAAAAUCUACCAUUGUAACAUUACAUGAUUGCGUUGAACACAUGGCAUGACAAAAGCAAUCGGAACGAGGCGCGACACAACUUGCAGUGCAAAAUACAACUUGGGAGAAGGAAGUUUGGCGUUUGAAAUUGGUUCUUAAUAGGCUGUGUCGAUGCGUUUCUAAUCAAUGCAGUGGCAGUGCAUGGUGUUAUUUAUAGUGUUGAUGUUAUACAGCUGACUUGCGUCUGCCAUCUCAGGGGAAUAAUCAACAAGAGGCUUGCAGUGAAGAACUAUUAAUGACCUCUGAAGCCCAGCCGUAUACCAAAGAGGCUAGUAUGCGAAAACAAUUGACAAACAUAUGAAGAGGGCAUUACACUUCCAAAUGCCGACCACGGGAUGGAGACACCAUUGAAAAGCCAUCUAGAUGCAGUUAACAGCUAAGUUCUAAAGUAGUCUACAACAAAACCCUAUGUUUCUAUUUCAAUAUGUGAUGAAUACUCCUCAAUUUCGAUUGCAUAAAUAAAUAAUAAAUAAUUUAAUCUAGUCAUAUUAAUAGCCUAUGUUCGACCUUCGAUUAUCAGAUACGUGGUGAUAAAAAUGAAAAGAAACAGACCGUCUACCAGAUUCACGCUGCCAACAUAUAGGCUAUCCUGUAACAUGGGAUAUUCUGGGAAAAAACCCUUUUCGUAUAAUUGUAUCUAUACUUAGCCAAUGAUUCAUACUCCCUUGGAAGCUAUUUAUAGAGCACCUCUAUACCUCAGUGUAUUAACCACGUUUAGUGCAUGUCAUCAUUGCCAGGUGUUUUACCUAACGCAAACUUAGGCCACACUACUUACACACAACGAUAUAGGCUUAUUACUUGUCAACUCUCCCCACGUCCACCCCUCUUCUCUCU